AUGGGCAGCUACAAGAAGGUCGGGUACACGGGGCCGCUGCCGGGCGAGGGCGGCCCGGGCCAGCCGCUCCGCUACCUCUGCCGCAACCUGCAGGAGGAGGAGAACCAGCGGCUGGCGCACAAGCUGCACGAGCGGGUGCGCCUUCUCCGCUCGCUGUCCAUCGAGAUCGGCGCCGAGGUGCGCUACCAGAACCGCUACCUCGGCAGCCUGGACGACGACCUGGACCGGACCGACGGCGUGCUCCACAAGGCCCUGGCGCGGGUGUCGCAGCUCUCCAGGAACCCGCAGUUCUACUAUUUUGUCUACAUCGCCCUCUUCACCCUCGCCUGCCUCGCGACCGUGUGGUGUGUCGUCAGAUUCCGGUGA